AUGGGCAGCGAUCCAUUAGUCGACACGAGCACCAACGAAGCAACAGAAGCGGCCAGCAAUGUCCUGCCUGACAGCAACAAGCAGGCAGCAGACGCGACCAGCAAUGUCCUGCCUGACAGCAACAAGCAGGCAGCAGACGCGGCCAGCAAUGUCCUGCCUGACAGCAACAAGCAGGCAGCAGACGCGGCCAGCAAUGUUCUGCCUGACAGCAACAAGCAGGCAGCAGACGCGGCCAGCAAUGUCCUGCCUGACAGCAACAAGCAGGCAGCAGACGCGGUCAGCAAUGUCCUGCCUGACAGCAACAAGCAGGCAGCAGACGCGGCCAGCAAUGUCCUGCCUGACAGCAACAAGCAGGCAGCAGACGCGGCCAGCAAUGUCCUGCCUGACAGCAACAAGCAGGCAGCAGACGCGGCCAGCAAUGUCCUGCCUGACAGCAACAAGCAGGCAGCAGACGCGGCCAGCUAUGUCCUGCCUGACAGCAACAAGCAGGCAGCAGACGCGGCCAGCAAUGUCCUGCCUGACAGCAACAAGCAGGCAGCAGACGCGGGCAGCAAUGUCCUGCCUGACAGCAACAAGCAGGCAGCAGACGCGGGCAGCAAUGUCCUGCCUGACAGCAACAAGCAGGCAGCAGACGCGGCCAGCAAUGUCCUGCCUGACAGCAACAAGCAGGCAGCAGACGCGGCCAGCAAUGUCGUGCCUGACAGCAACAAGCAGGCAGCCGACGCGGCCAGCAAUGUCCUGCCUGACAGCAACAAGCAGGCAGCAGACGCGGCCAGCAAUGUCCUGCCUGACAGCAACAAGCAGGCAGCAGACGCGGCCAGCAAUGUCCUGCCUGACAGCAACAAGCAGGCAGCAGACGCGGCCAGCAAUGUCCUGCCUGACAGCAACAAGCAGGCAGCAGACGCGGCCAGCAAUGUCCUAUCUGAGAAAGCAACGGAGGCGGGCGGCGAGGCAGUGAAGGAGGCGGGCGGCGAGGCAGUGAAGGAGGCGGGCGGCGAGGCAGUGAAGGAGGCGGGCGGCGAGGCAGUGAAGGAGGCGGGCGGCGAGGCAGUGAAGGAGGCGGGCGGCGAGGCAGUGAAGGAGGCGGGCGGCGAAGCAGUGAAGGAGGCGGGCGGCGAGGCAGUGAAGGAGGCGGGCGGCGAGGCAGUGAAGGAGGCGGGCGGCGAGGCAGUGAAGGAGGCGGGCGGCGAGGCAGUGAAGGAGGCGGGCGGCGAGGCAGUGAAGGAGGCGGGCGGGGAGGCUGUGAAGGAGGCGGGAAACGAGGGAGACAGCACCCCUGACGAAGACAGCACCCCUGGCGAAGACAGCACCUCUGGCGAUGAGAACAACCCUGGCGAUGAGAACACCGCCGGCGAAGACAGCACCCCUGGCGAAGACAGCACCCAUGGCAAAGGCAGCACCCCAGGCAAAGGCAACACCCGUGGCAAAGGCAGCACCCCAGGCAAAGGCAACACCCGUGGCAAAGGCAGCACCCCAGGCAAAGGCAACACCCGUGGCAAAGGCAAUACCCGUGGCAAUGUCAGCACCCCUGGCAAAGGCAACACUCGUGGCAAAGGCAGCACCCGUGGCACCCGAGUGGCGGUGGUGGGUACGAGGAUGAAGGUGCAGGGGCGCUCCUUUGCCUUCACCUCCUCCCGCUGUGUCGCCAUUCGGGGCGGGGCGGGGCGCGGGAAGAAGAAGGUGCAGGUGGCAUGGCAGCAGGCGGGGAAGGCGGCAUGCAAGGAGAUCCAGUUCUUUGCUGCGCCGGACUGCAAGGGAACGGCCGUGGACACUCUCGUGAAGGGCAAGGGGUCGAAGGCGAUUGCCUCAUCAGUGAAGUCUGCUCGCUGUGCCACUGGGUCAAACGUUAGUAAGUGCCCCACCUUCCCCCGCUCCCCCUCGUCCCUCCCGCUUUGCCCGCUUCUCCCUGUUUCUUGCCUGUAUGCAGAGGACGCCCCAGAGGAGUAA